AUGCCAGCAGAAACAACAAAAAUGAUGAUCGAUGCAGCUGCGAUCAUUCCAAUAUUCAGUGGAAAGGCGGAAGAACUAGAUCCCUUCCUACUACAAGUUGAUUAUUUUGCAACAGACAUCCCGGCAGCAGCUAGUCACACCCCAUUAUUGAAUGUGGUGUACACAAAGCUCAGAGGGGAUGCACUCAAACGGCUCAAUGAUAUAAGGGCCGAGAAAUGGCCCGAAGUUAGAUUAAAAAUGGAAAAACUUUUCCAGCCUGAAAAGAACAUCGGGGCAAUCUUCAAAGAAAUCGAAACCCUACACCAGGGUUAUUCAGAAUCAUUUGAGGAGUAUAAAACACGAGCCACAAAAAUUUACGAAAGUGUGAGAGAUAUCCCAGGACAGGAGGGAAAUGAUUCAUAUGUGUCAACACACCUAAGGAAACACUUCCUAGGGGGCCUGAGAAAUCACACUUUGAUUUCGGCAGGAAAGUCUCAACGAGAUAAAUCCUUUAUGGACUUGCUCGAAUGGCUACAAAAAGAAUGUGAGGAGGAAGAAGAACUCCAGGAUAUCCACAGAAGGACGAAACCGGAGAACUCACCAAAUUCUCCUCACAGAAAAAAUUAUAACAACAUGAACAAUAACACUCAAGGAGUUGCUUAUUUAAAUAACAACUUCAGAAGAAACAAUAAUAACAAUUACCAGAACAGAGGACACAAUCCUCAGGCAAAUAAUCAAAAUCAAAGUUACCAGAACAACUACCAAAACAAUGGUAGUAGCAAUAAUUACAGAAAUAAUGGAACAGUAAUAGUUUCCGGGGGAACAAUACCGAUUUUAGACCACAGAAUAACGAUUACCGAGGAAAUGGCCAAAAUAAUGGCUUUAACAGAAAUGAUAACCGCGAAAUCAAUUGAAGAUAAAGACAAGGUUGAUAUUAAAGUAUCGAAGAUUACCAAUAAUAAUUCUAGAAAACCCGAACAAAUAUUCAUAGCAAAUUAUCAGGAUGAAGCUAUAUUAUCUAACAGUGAAUCUGAAGAUGAAUACUUCGAAGAUGAUUACACCAGUGAAUAUUUAGAAAGUUCAGAUGAUCAUGGAGAAAAUAAUUCAAGCUACUUUAAUAGUUUAAAACCUGAAAUAGGCUCUGCCGACAAUGGAGAUGAAGAUUACUUCGAAAUAUCUUCCGCGAACGAAGAGGAACCAAUUACAGAACCCGAUAACGAAUUUAAAAUGGAAGAUUUGGAUUCCAAUCAAGAUUAUAGCUUAUUGGAGAACAAAGGAAUUACACAAGCAAGAGGAGGAGAAAGAAAAUCAAUUGAAGAUAAAGACAAGGUUGAUAUUAAAGUAUCGAAGAUUACCAAUAAUAAUUCUAGAAAACCCGAACAAAUAUUCAUAGCAAAUUAUCAGGAUGAAGCUAUAUUAUCUAACAGUGAAUCUGAAGAUGAAUACUUCGAAGAUGAUUACACCAGUGAAUAUUUAGAAAGUUCAGAUGAUCAUGGAGAAAAUAAUUCAAGCUACUUUAAUAGUUUAAAACCUGAAAUAGGCUCUGCCGACAAUGGAGAUGAAGAUUACUUCGAAAUAUCUUCCGCGAACGAAGAGGAACCAAUUACAGAACCCGAUAACGAAUUUAAAAUGGAAGAUUUGGAUUCCAAUCAAGAUUAUAGCUUAUUGGAGAACAAAGGAAUUACACAAGCAAGAGGAGGAGAAAGAGUGAAAAAGGUUUUGGAUAGCCUGAAACUCCAACAUCUCGAAAAAAUACAUUUUUUGAAAUGGAAAAUAUAA